AUGUUGUCUUCUCGGCUAUCGGCCUCUGUAAGCCGCAGUUGCUUCGUCAACUCUUUGAGAAACCCAGCCUCGACUUCUUCCUUCAAUGCCUGUCGCCAGGCUUUCGUUCGAUCAAGGCGAACCAAUUCUUUCAACUACAACACGCGUCAUGUCACAGCUUAUUCAAACAUCGCGUCCACGACUACACUAUCACCGCCCAAGUCUACUGACCACAGCGCCUCGGUCCUUCAGCAUGAAGCUGGUGUGGCUCAAGAGCCGCCUCCAAUUCGCUAUGAACCUCCCAAGUCGGGCUUUCUGUCAUAUCUGCCUACUUCGUUCGUGCCCUAUGCCGAGCUGAUCCGCAUCGACAAGCCGGUAGGCACUUACUACUUACUUUUUCCUUGUAUCUUCAGUACGCUUCUUGCUGCUCCCCUGGCAUCUCCCAUCACCGCCCCGUCAACAGUUCUGGCUACUUCUGCUCUAUUCGCUACUGGUGCACUGGUUAUGCGUGGCGCAGGCUGCACUAUCAAUGAUCUCUGGGACCGGAAUCUGGAUCCAAAAGUUGCUCGAACUCGGUUGAGGCCUAUCGCACGUGGCGCCAUCUCUCCAGAAGCUGCCAUCAUCUACACUGGCUGUCAACUCCUGACUGGUUUGGCCGUGCUCCUGCAAUUUCCUUUUGAAUGCUUCUUCUAUGCUACGCCCUCUUUGCUCUUGGUCUCGACAUAUCCCCUCGCAAAACGUGUAACGAACUACCCUCAAGCCGUUCUUGGUCUUACCUUCUCCUGGGGCGCCAUUAUGGGCUUUCCCGCUCUGGGCGUCGACCUCUUGUCAAACCAUGCCGCACUUACUGCUGCAGCAUGUUUGUACUCUUCAAACAUUGCAUGGACUAUCCUCUACGACAUGAUUUACGCGCACCAAGACAUCAAGGACGAUGCAAAGGCCGGUAUCAAAUCAAUUGCUCUUCGUCACGAAAAAAAUACCAAGGCAGUGCUCAGUGGCCUGGCAGUUGUUCAUACCGCUUUGCUGGCUGCUGCUGGAGCUGCAAUUGGAGCCGGCCCCAUAUACUAUAUUGGCACUUGCGGAGGAGCUCUGUUCACAACUGCAAACAUGAUCUGGAGAGUGCGUUUGAGUAGCGUGAAGAACUGCUGGUGGUGGUUCAGAAGCGGUUGCUGGAUGACUGGCGGUGCAAUUACUCUGGGCCUUACAGGAGAGUAUCUUGCACACUACCUCGGAUGGUACGAUAACGAAUCCCGCUGA